GUUUUUGAAAAGUAAGAAAAUGGCCUUGGUAGCUGUACGCAACAGGUCAGUCACGUCUGUCAAACGUGACCUUCUGUGUUGUGUGAGGAAAGCUUUUCUGCAAUUGUCAGCUAAUGGCUCUAUUCUAACUGAGCAGGGAAACCCGCCAUCAAAGAAACGCCGGAGGAAAGGUCACGAGAAAAAGCCGCCCUGCUGGACUGAUAACGCGUCCUGGGAGGAGAGGCUGGCGGAUGUGGUCACACCUCUGUGGCGGCUGAGUUAUGAUGAGCAGCUUGAGCGCAAGCAGGAGCAUCAGGAAAAGAUCCUAUCCCAGCUCUCAGGGUAUCUUUCUGGUGACUCACCUGUCGGGGAUAAACUCAGUUUUCCUGUGCUGCCUAUUCUGCCCUCACCGGUGAGAAAUGGCUACCGAAGUAAGUCCACGUUUUCAGUCAACAGAGGAGUGGAUGGCAAUCCGAAGACGGUUGGAUUUUACGUGGGCACUAGCAGGAAGGGGAACAUCGUCUGCGUCAGCGGAGACCACCUGCUCAACAUGCCACAGAAGCACAAACUGGUGGCCAGGUGCUACCAGGACUUCAUCCGCCUGUCCUCACUGGAGCCCUGCCUGCUGUUCCACACCGGGGGUCACUGGAGAGAGAUCACAGUGAGGACCAAUGCAGAGGGUCGCACCAUGGCCAUCGUGUACUUUCACCCACAGAAUCUCACCCCAGAAGAAGUGGCCGUUCAUAAAGCUGAAUUGGUGGUUUACUUCACGCAGGGCCCUGGAUCGGUCUGUCAGCUGGACUCGCUGUACUUCCAAGAGAGCACCAUGACUCGGUGCACCCACGAGCAGUCCCCCUACCAGCUUCUGCAUGGCCAGCCACACAUAUAUGAGGAGGUGCUGGGCUUCAAGUUCCGCAUCUCUGCUGACGCCUUUUUCCAGGUGAACCAGGCAGCUGCUGAAGUGCUGUAUGGUACCGUGAGAGACCUGUGUGUCUCCAACAAUGAGCAAGCUGGAAGACUAACGGAAACUGGUGGCACUCUUCUAGAUGUGUGCUGUGGGACAGGUGCCAUGGGCAUCACUAUUUCUCCCAGAGUGGACAGAAUUAUCGGUAUAGAGCUCAUAGAACAGGCAGUGGAAGAUGCUAAACACAAUGCAGCUCUCAAUAAUGUGUUAAACUGUGAGUUUAUCCCCGGGAAGGCAGAAGUUGUGCUUCCUGGCCUUAUGUCUCAGCUGAGCUUCGCAGGCAGAGGCCUUACAGUUGUGGUAAAUCCUGCUCGAGCCGGCCUCCAUUACAGGGUUGUCCGAGCUUUACGAAACCAACCGGCAAUCCGCAGACUGGUCUACGUUUCUUGUAAACCAGACGGAGAGGCUAUGAGGAAUUUCAAGGAGCUUUGUUGUGAUGCUGCCCCGCAGAAGAAACUCACGGGGGAGGCAUUUUCUCCAACUCUGGCUGUACCUGUGGACAUGUUCCCACACACACCUCAUUGUGAACUGGUGCUACUUUUCGAGAGGUAGCAAAUAUUUUUUUGCUCAAAGGUCAACUUUGACCCCAAAAUAAUGGUGUGCUGUAUGAUGGAUAGUAAAAGAAAUUUUAGCAGCCUCCUACAUUCAUUGUUCAUCCAUGUGUUGGUUUGCUUAGUAAGGUGUCCUAUCAGGACUCUGUGGUAUGACUGCAACAAGUUGCUGUUCAGAUAAUUAAUUAAUGUGCUAUUUUUUGGACUAACAAUUUGAUUUAUAAAAUAUCAGAAAAAUUAAGGUGUUGUCUUGUUGUUUUAUAAAACCAUCAGUCCUUUGAUAUAUUCACUUUAAAAUGCUGAAAACUGAGCAGCUGGCAUCAGAUUUAAUGGACAUAACUGUUUGAGCAAAAAACCCCACAAAACCUCCUUCAGUGUCCUUUUAAUUGACCAUCCUAUACCUUUUAUUAAUUUUACUGGUGAUGGACAUUGUUGUGCUCACAUU